CGGCAUCGGCUCUUACGGCAACGCUGGUACUUCAAGUUUCAACGUGGUUCCAACUCUUCUUGGAACUCUUACCAUUCAUAAGCCAUUGACUUAUUGUCAGACCCCUGCUGAGCGGCCAACGACGAUAUUUUCAUUUUUUAUCAUCUUUUUAUUUUAUUUUACCUUACUUGUUGGAGACGCCUGCGGCGAUUUACUUUCGGAAUCGUAUCGUCGCAUGGAGUCUUGAGAUUAAUUAAUUUGUCCUCGGAGCAGGACCUUUCACACUUUUGAAUAUGCGUGGCUUUCUCAAGGCUACGGCCGCGGUUCUAUCGAUAUUCUCACAUUAUACAGAUGCGCAUUCAGUUAAACGAAAUGCGUUGAAUUACAUUAGUCGACUCGACAACCCCGUAAUCCAAACUCCUUCUAGUCGAGUUCACGCCUAUUCCUCCUUCGACCUCACUUUUCUACUCCACAACGAGAGGGACCAGUUCCGAAUAUCACUAGAACCUAAUCAUGAUGUCCUUGCGGACUCGGCCAGUGUGCGCUACCUUGCCGCUGACGGCUCAGUAAGGGAGGAGAAGAAGAUAGAGAGGAAGGAUCACAGAGUAUUUAAGGGUCAUGCGUUCAUACAACACCCAGACCAUUUGGAAUGGAUUAAUACGGGCUGGGCGCGAAUAACUGUUCAUCGAGAUGGAGCGCGACCAUUAUUUGAAGGCACCUUUCGCGUAAACGGAGUUCAUCAUCACAUUCAAACUAUUUCUAAUUACAAACAAACGCAACACGAAGAAGAUCCUCAUAUGGAUUUUGCCGAAGAUGAGUAUAUGGUCGUUUGGAGGGACUCGGACAUCAUGUCUGAUUCAUAUGAUGCCUCGGAACUAAAACGCGGGCUGGGCCAAACCUCAUGUUCAUCCGAUUCGCUUAAUUUCAACAACGAGAAAGGACAUCCGAUUUAUCAGGGCAUCGACCUCCGUGAUAUGUCAGCGGUGAAUGCCAGAGACCUCUUUGGCCGGCAGUCAUCGAUUGAUGGAACAACGGGUGGAAACGGCGCUGGUGUCAACUUAGCACAGACUAUCGGGUCUACUGCAGGCUGUCCUACUACUCGCAAGAUUGCUCUAGUAGGCAUUGCCACAGACUGCACGUACACAGCCCAAUUCGCCAAUAAUUCAGCCCUACAGGACCAUAUCGUCCAGCAGGUUAGCUCAGCGUCAGCGCUGUUUGAAACUUCUUUCAAUAUAUCCUUGGGAAUACAAAAUCUGACUAUCAGUGAUGCGGAUUGUCCUGGGACACCGCCACAAAACGCCCAAUGGAACGUCGCCUGUAGCGAUGGCGUCACCAUCUCCGAUCGCCUUAACCAAUUCUCUUCCUGGAGAGGGCAGUUCAAUGACACGAAUGCCUACUGGACAUUGAUGAGCACGUGCAAUACUGAUGCGGCCGUGGGUCUUGCAUGGCUAGGCCAACUAUGCGCCCAGGGUUCAGGCACUCAAGGUGGAGAUUCCGGCGGAGGAAACGAAACGAUUGCAGGAGCCAAUGUCGUGGUUCGAACCUCUACCGAGUGGCAGGUAUUUGCCCAUGAAUCUGGCCAUACGUUUGGUGCUGUGCAUGAUUGCACCUCCCAGACCUGCUCGGAUGGUACAUCAACAAUGCAGCAAUGCUGUCCGCUUACGGCAUCUACUUGCGAUGCUAAUGAGGGCUUCAUCAUGAAUCCUUCUACAUCACCGGGCGUCACGCGGUUCUCCCCUUGCACCAUCGGGAACAUCUGUUCAGCUAUGAAUCGCAAUAGUGUCAACUCGGCAUGCUUGAGCAAUAACCAAAACGUGGUCACCAUUACAGGAAGUCAAUGCGGUAAUGGGAUUGUAGAAGCAGGAGAAGAAUGUGAUUGCGGAGGAACGACUGCGUGCGGCGUUGAUAGCUGUUGUGACCCUGACACCUGUCGCUUCCGGACCAAUGCUGUCUGUGAUCCGUCCAACGAGGAUUGUUGUACCGACCAAUGCCAAUUCAAAUCUUCUGGCUCGGUUUGCAGAGCCAGCAGUGGUACAUGUGACCCUGCGGAAACUUGCAGCGGCAACUCUGGGCUGUGUCCUAAAGAUGCCAAGGCAGCGGAUGGUCAAGCGUGUGGCGCCACUGGCGCUGGUUUAACAUGUGCUUCCGGACAAUGCACGUCCCGUGAUCUACAAUGCUCAACACUUGUUGGCUCGUUGACUAACAACAAUGAAACAAGAGCUUGCGAUUCGCAGGCUUGUCAAGUACGAUGCGCUUCACCCCAGAUUGGACCCAAUAGCUGUUAUGAUAUGCAGCAGUACUUUUUGGAUGGCACUCCAUGUGAAGGCGGAGGGCAUUGUACCAACGGACGAUGUGAGGGCUCCAGCUUCACCGACCAAGUAGGGAGCUGGAUAAGGGACAACUUGAAUAUUGUCAUUCCUGUAGCAGCAGUUGUCGGUAGUCUCCUUCUUAUUGGUUUAUGUUGUUGUACUUGUCAGUCAUGCCGACGUAGGUCGCGGAGAAGGAGGAUAGCUAAGACCACGCAACCCAACAGUAGUUGGGUUGGUGGGAACGCUGGUAACGCGCCAGGGUGGGCCGCCAACUCCAUACCGCGUCCAGCCCCCACGGCUCGAGGAGACCGUGGUCGCAGGUUACAGCAACAGCAACAGCCCUGGCAGGGUGGGAACCAAUGGCAACCAAGAGCAGCCCCGGUGAGGUAUGCGUGAUCUAAGGGUCGCGCGUGAGGACCUAGGCUGGUGACUGGGAAUCUGGACAACUCAAGGGACUCUACCCCUAUUAAAGGAUAUUAUGGAGGAUGUCAUAUGUCGUGGUGUUUUGGGCGUUUUCAGGCCAAGCAUGCAUUUGGUACUUUACGGGGUCACAAACCCGGUUUAUUUGGGAUUUCUUGGAUAUUAUCAUAGUACAAAGGAGGGAGCAAAACAGGAAAGUUAUUCCUAGCUUAGGUAGUUUUGUUCCAAAAGAACUUUGAAGAGUUGGUGGUGGUUGUCGAAGAAAUACUAUCUAUCAUUGCCCUACCUAUUUACUUCCCAGCAAUGAAUGACUUUAUUGAAGAAUAUAUGAAAGAGAACACACACUGAAGCUGCCUGUAUUCUCUCCCUUGCUCCCGACUUCUGUCUAUCUCAUCAUUAUCUCUUCUGGCUUUGUUAGAUAAAAUUUCCUGAUCUUUCGGGCUCGCUU